AUGGAGUUCAAGUCUACCAACGUGCCGGGUGUGACGAUGCUGCAUUACGUGGCGUGCCGCCUUAUGGAAGGGGAAAAGGGCGACCAGUCGGACCCAAUGAAGUUAGUGGAAGAACUCAGUCUGGUGGUAACGGCAACUGGAGAGAGCACUGAAGUGAUCAUAUCUACCCUAACGUCAAUGGAUAGGGAUAUGCAGAUGUUUCAGAGGGAGGCUGUUCAGCAGGCCUCGCAGUACUCGGAGGAGGCCCUUGGCAGGUUGGAAUCAUUCACUCGAGAAGCGUCAGAUGAAGUGAACGGGGUGAGAGAGGAGUGGACAGCGUGUGAGGAGGCUUUGAAGGAACUACGACGGUUUUUCGGCGAAGACCCAAGGCGGUGUAGUGUGGAGGAUUUCUUUGGAACAGUGAAGGCGUUCUUGGACAGCUACAAACGAGCUUGUGGUGACAUACGGAGGAACCCUAAGAAAUUUCAGCAGCUUAUAUACCCACCGCAGUCUAAGGGUCCUGGCGGAUGA